UGCCAGCCUAGCCAGUACGUACCCUCACUCUACCGAAGAGCCUUAGUAGUCUAGUCAUCAUAAACUGGCCAAUCUCCCUGUCGCCGAUUGCAGCGGGCGAAUCCCGGGCCUGACCUCGACCACCACCGGCGAUGUGGGUUUCAGGCAGGGUGGAUUAUGAAUGACGGGAGGAUGUGCUGUGCUGCUGCUGCUGCUGCUGGCUGCUGCACUGGUUUCGAUGACCGCUUGGUCGCAUCAUGGUUGGCCCCAAACCCACCAUUGAGGAGGUCCCAGGGUGGAUGUGGAUUGUCGUGUCUCAUCAAAAUAAGAUUGUUAAAUCACUUAAAAAAGAAUUAUGUACGAUCUUAUUCUCUCAAACAACCAAACAAUGGCAUAAUCAGGAUAUUUCGACGGGCAGUGCGUUUGAAUCGAACCCCGUUGUUUCCGCCUCCUCUUCCCCCCCCCUUUGCCCUCGUUCCUCAACAGCCCCCGCUCUUCCGUCGUCAUCGUCAUCGUCGUCGCUCGUCCUCGUCGUCGCUGUCGUCGGCGGCGCGCGGUCAUACGUGGAUCUGUCCGCAACUUAGUAGCGGUGGACACUAAUUGCUGUGGGUGAAGGAUAAUUCCAUGGAUGGAACGCCUGGUGGGGGAAUUGACUCGUCCCUGGUUCACAUUCAGGGGUAAAAAAGAAUGAUAUCGAGAUGGAGAGAAAUGGAUUGAUGACUACGCUUAUCAGAGAUAUCAUGGGGGCUGGCCUGCUUUCGUCGCCGGGGGGUAGGAGGAGGAAACAAUGUCGCCUGACUACUACUAACUACUCUUAGCACCCCAGUCUAUCGAGUG